AUGCUGUAUGCUCAUGCCCAGCUCGAUGCCUUUCCUGCACUCAUCGAUGCUCUGAGGACGGGUCUCUCUGCGGGCAGUCCGGUGCUUAGUGUUGAGUGUCUGACGUGUCUCGGGCACUUGGUUAAGCGUGUCGCUCUGCAGGAUGCAGCGCGGUUGCGAACGGCUGCCGCGACACUCGUCCCGCUGCUUGUUGAGCGGCUCGGCGACCCCCGCGACAAGGCGCGCGAGGCCGCGCACAGUGCGCUGACGCAUGUCUGGCGUGCAGCGCCAGCUGACGUUGAGCGCGGCAUCCGCGACCAGGGAUUCGGGUCGCGCAGCUGGCACGUCCGCGAACAGGCGGUGCAGUGGGUGGAGCGGGUACAGGCAGGGACUGCACAGAGAGGCUUUGUGGGGGGAAUGGUCCGGCUGCUCGAGGACGCAAACGAGAGUGUGCGGGAAGCAGCAAAGCGUGCAGUCGUCGAGGUGUUCAGGAAUGCAUCAAGUUAUGCAAAGUUGGAACUCAAACGAGAGCUUGUUGAGCAGCACGUACGCAAAAAGCUUGUCUCAUAUAUCCUUGAUCAGCUGCAGCUGCAGGGUGAUAAUGAUUUUGCAUCGUCUCGUGGAUCAGAAAAUACAUAUGAUAAUGAUACAACAAAUGUUUCUUCACGCAGGAUAUAUAAUGAAAGUAUUGCAAGUACAUCGAAUUUUUCAUCAAACUACAUUUCAAGUAUGUGUGGUACGGAAAUGGAGCAGAUGGAUGCCGCUUGGGUGCAUUCUGCUAAGGAAUUGGAGACAGAGAUUCAGGAAAUGCUCUCUUCGUUCGAGGGUAAAGAGACAGAUAACAAUUGGAUGAUUCGUGAAAAACAUAUGAUGCGUCUGCGUGCAUUGCUUCGUGGAAAUAUUUACAAAGAAUAUUCUUCUGUAUUUAUUUCGGGCUUUAAGAUGCUGGUUGAUGGGAUAAUCAAAGCCAUAAGUUCACUCCGGACAACGCUUAGUCUUGCUGGUCUUCAGUUUAUCAAAGACGUGGCGAUUGUUGUAGGCCCAGCUAUCGAUCAAUCAGUUGAAAUACUUCUUACCAAUCUUAUUCGAAUCAGUGGAUUAACCAAGAAAAUUAUCUCACGAACGGCUCAGGUUAUUGUUAGCGUAUUGAUUGCCAAUGUUUCAUAUCAUCCGAAAAUUGUCCAGCAGCUUUUGAUUGCAUCACAAGACAAAAAUCCGUCGACUAGGCAGUACGCUGCAGGGUGGUUGCGUACCUUACUCGAAGCUCAUGUUGAGUCAAAAACAUAUAUGGAAAACUCUGGAGGACUUGAUAUAAUGGAAAAGGUUAUAAAAAAUGGGAUUUCAGAUGCAAAUUCUGUUGUUCGCACUGGAAUGAGAGAUGUAUUGCGGUGUUUUUCUGAAAUAUGGCCGGAUCGUACUCAAAGUUUGAUAUUGAGUUUGGAUCCUGUUGUACGCAAACAGUUUGAUAAAGUAUUUCAGAGUUUAAAUAUAUCGUCAAAAUUGGUUAAUGGUCAUGAAAAGUCUCAAGAUUCGGUACAGAAUGUUUUUCCCAAUAAAGGAAAGAGUCUUUCAAAAAAGCCUUUAGCAAAAGCAACAAAUAUAUUUAAUAAAAAACAAGACGAUGUUUCAAGUAUAGUACAUGGAUUAUCAGGCCUUUCUUCGGGCCCAAUUCGCCAUGGUCUUGGUCUUCCUCAACGUUAUGGAUGUCCUUCUAAAAUCACUAUUAAAAGACCUGACAGUCCCGUUCAAGAGCAGUCAUUGAGUACAACAUCGAAUCAAGUUCAUAUAUCACCGAGUCAGUCACGAUGUGGAACAUCUCCUCCGAAACCCGCACUUACAACACCCUCUUUAUUUGGAAAAUCGCUAUCUGGGACAUCUCGCUCAUCACCUAGGAAACUUACAAUUGUUGAACAACUUGUGCAUCCAGAUUGGCAUAUGCGUGUUGAAGGAAUCAUUACUGUUGCAUGUUUAUUGGCAAAAAAGGUACCUCCUAAUUAUGAUAACAAGAAACUCCCCACACUUCCUCCGAAUGAUAUAUUAGCAUCAACUUUCCAAAAACUUUUGAAUGAUUCACAACCAGAAGUCGUUAAUCAUUUAAUGGCUCCUGAAGUUAUUGUAGAAAUAGCUAAAAUUGUUCCUUUCGAGAAUAUUGUUCCAAGGAUUCUUUUGUUAAGUGAAACAGAUGAUACCGAACGUGGUCAUGAUAUUGUAAGAGCAUGUCUUCCUGCUGUUAAGAAAAUGAUUAGUGAUGUUGAUGCUGCUGAAUUGUUGUCAAAAGUUCUUACAACUAUGGGAUUAUCUGGUGUUGUGCCUAAGAAGCUUUCUGCUUCUAUAUUUACUACAUCUCAGAAACGAAAAAUUAUACAUGGUGUUCUUUUAUGGAUGAAUGAAUUGGUUGAACGUCAUAAUGAAAAUAUAAAGAAUGGAGGAGAUGGAAAUUCAUAUUUUAAUGAUGUUUCGAAUUUUAAAUUUUAUGUGAAUCGUCUUGUACCUAUGAUUAAUAAUACUAAGCCAACCUCUAUAAAUUAUGGUCCUUUGACUGUAUUGUUAAAGUCUCUUCAGACUGCAAAUGAAGGAGUUUUUGAUAAAGUUUUACAGACUUUUGAAAAGGUAACUGUGAAUGCUCUUAAAAAUGCUUGGGGAAUAGUUGUUGAGGAAGAUCCUUAUAUAGUUGAAGAGAAAGUUGCAUGUAUCGAAGAUGUUCUUGGGAGUAUACCUACGGUUAGCCAUGUUAAAGUAGAUGAUAAUGAUAAUGAACAACAUUCUUCAUCAUCUUUAGAAUCACAAUCUGUUAAAUAUUCAGAUGCUUAUAUAGAUCCUUUUGAAGAAAAUUCUGCAACACAAAUGAAUUUUGAGGAUAUGACCAUGAUUCAAAUACCUAAACUUCAUCUUUCAAAUCAUAAAACAAGUAAAGGUUUAUCUGCCUCUUCUGAUCCUUCUGCUUUUGUUAGUGUUGAUUCUACUUUAAUCACUCAGGAUCCUAUUAAGUCUGAUAAUUCGAAGGCGCCGAAUGAUAAAAAUGAUCAAAUAGAGAAUGAUUCUUCUGUACAGCCUCUUGAAUUGUUAUCAACAUCUGAUUCAGGAAAACAAGAAAAUUUGGAUAUUUCAAUAAAAGAUGAUAAUUUUUCUAAGGAUUCAGGUUUAUGGUUUCGUAAAUAUAUGAAAAAAAUACCAACCACUCCACUUCCAAAAGCUAUAGAUGAGACUAUUAAAUUAUUAAGUAAUAUCGUUGAAAGGCUUGAAAAUCAUGAUAUGGAUUCCUAUGCGUUUAGGAAAUUAAUAUGUAUUUCAAAAGAACAUGCUCUUGAGUUAAAUGUGGAAAAUCAUGAUGACGUCACAGAUGAUUCUAAAAAAGGCGAUAUUUGGGUGUCAGGAACUUUGUUUAGUUCUUUGCUAAACGCUUUGCUUAAAUUUAUGGCAGAAGAUUCCGUUUUAGAAUUGAAGAUUCAGGGACUUUUGCUUUUAAAAUAUCUUUUUGAUCAUCAAAAAGUGUACUUUAACAACCAUAUAUCGAGUGUAUUUGAUUAUCUUCUUAAGUUUCAUUCGGAUGAUUCUAAUAAUAAUCGUAUCAUAUGUGCAAUAGAAGAGAUGGUAUUUGACAUCGUAUUUCAUUUUGAGCCAUUGAAAGGAGUCGCCGCAUUCUUAUCAUAUUUGGAGCCGUACGUUUAUGAUAGUGAUGAUGAGUCAAAGAAACAUCUUUUAAAGCAGUCAAAUAUAGUUAUAUGUUUAUCAUCUUUAGCAAUAUUUAUUAAGAAGUUGGAAAGAUCAGAGUUAGACCAAUACCUCGAAAAGAUUCCACCAUUGGUUAUUAAAGCAAUAAAUGAUGGAAAUCCAGAAAUUCGAAAAGAGUGUGUAACUGUAUGUAUAUCGGUAAAUAGCGUUAUCAAGGAUUCCAUAGAAAUAUUUGAUUUAUUACAUGGGCUUACACAUGGCCAACAGAAUUUGUUGGUUUAUUAUUUUACAAAAAGUUGUGGAAAAGAUAUGUAA